UAAAAAAAAUUUCAGCCCUUCGUAUCUCUCUCUGGCCCUCUCCGAGGGAAAACAAGAGAGAGAAAAACACGUAGUAGAAUCUGGUCCUUGUGUGGACGAAGGAUUCAGGGACGAACACGAUGCUCAUUGCAAUUCCCUCUUAAUACUCUUUCUAUCUUUUGCCUUCAAAUCUCUUCUCCUGCGUUGAAAUUUCAUCCCACACAACACUUGGAGCUGUUGUUUCUUCAAUGGCCAUGUCUGAACCUUCACCCAGUUUGUCCAUGGAUUCUCUCGGCGACAUCGAUGACUACAUUUGGGCCAAUGAAGGAGAGGGUUCAUUGCCAUGGGACAUGUUCAGAGAUGUUUUUGAAUUUGUACAAAAUGGGAAUCAAGCAUUUAAAAAUAAUCACUUUGAAGAGGCAAUCAAGUAUUACUCAAGAGCUAAUAACAUCAAGCCCGGUGAUCCAGUUAUUCUCAACAAUAGAAGUGCUGCUUAUAUCAGGAUAAGUCAGUUCCUGAAAGACAGACCACCAGCUGCUUCUGAAUAUCGACCAUUAAAUGGGUUGGAUCCUACAGUACAUGCUGAGCUUGCACUAAAAGAUGCUGAGAAGCUGAUGGACCUACGCGGUAAAUCAGUGAAACCAUAUAUUCUGAAGGCUAAUGCUCUCAUGCUCCUAGAAAAAUAUGCCAUAGCAAAGGAUAUUAUUCUUUCUGGUCUUCAAAUUGACCCUCUAAGCAAUCCUCUUCAGGCUUCUCUUCAGAGAUUGGAGAGAAUAGCUGCAACUAUGAUGGGAAAUGGACGCCAUGGGCUACCAGAUCGUAGCGAUGACUUUGAUUGCACCCUUUGUCUUAAGCUUCUUUAUGAACCCAUCACAACUCCUUGUGGGCAUUCUUUCUGCCGUUCUUGCUUAUUUCAGUCUAUGGAUCGUGGUAAUAAAUGUCCGUUGUGCAGAACAGUUCUUUUUAUCAGUUCAAGAACAUGUUCAAUCAGUGUUACACUGAGCAACAUUAUACAGAAGAACUUUCCAGAGGAAUAUGCUGAAAGGAAGUCAGAAAAUGAGGGUUUAACAAAUUUUGGUGUCGAUUUAAUGCCUCUUUUUGUCAUGGAUGUUGUUAUCCCAUGUCAGAAAUUUCCGCUUCACAUAUUUGAACCCCGCUACAGACUUAUGGUCAGGAGGGUAAUGGAAGGCAAUCAUCGUAUGGGAAUGGUUAUAGUGGAUUCUACAACUGGUUCUAUUGCUGAUUUUGCAUGUGAAGUGGAAAUUACGGAGUGUGAGCCACUUGCGGAUGGACGUUUUUAUCUAGAGAUUGAAAGUCGUCGAAGAUUUCGCAUUAUUCGAUCUUGGGAUCAAGAUGGAUAUCGAGUGGCAGAGAUCGAAUGGGUGAAUGACAUAACUCCUCCAGAAGGGACAAUAGAGCGGACAGAACUGCAAGAAAUGACAACUAACGCAGCAGAGUAUGCUCAGUCAUGGAUAAGGAGGGCAAAAGAAGCAUCUAGACGAGAUCAAAUAAAACGGGAUCGACUUCUUAACGUGGAAGCAAUGAUGCCCUCAUCGCGAGAUCCUGAGCGGUUUAGCUUCUGGCUUGCUACCCUUUCAAAUCGGAGGCCCUUGGAAAGAUUGGAACUUCUACGAAUGACGGAUACAAGAGAGAGGAUAAGGCGUGGACUUGUAUAUCUCAAAGCAGAAGAACAGGGCUGUCAGAUGCAACCCGAAAUUCAACUUCUGGCGGUGGCCAUGGGAGGAGAAUUUUCCAGGGCUCCAACCCCUCGAAUCCCCUUCUCCUCCCUUCUCCUUCUUCUUCUUCUCUUCCUCCUCUCUGCCACUCUCUCCGCCGCCAAAAACCCCUUAUUCCCUUCCUUCACCCCUCGUGACGUUUAUCUCAUCGACUGCGGUUCCCCUUCCCAAACCCGUCUCGACGACGGCCGCAUUUUCAAAUCCGAUCGUGAAUCCACUUCUCUUCUUUCCACCGAAGAAGACGUUCAAGCCUCCGUCGAUUCCAUUCCCUCAAACGCUCUCGUUUCUCCUCUCUCUUCUUGGUCAUUGCCUCUUUUUCUCACCGCCAGAAUUUUCCCUACCGAUUCCACCUACACUUUCUUCAUUUCUCAACCUGGACGCCAUUGGAUCCGCCUCUACUUUUACCCUCUCCCUAAUGCUAAUUUCAAUCUCACCGAUUCCGUUUUCACCGUCACCACUGACUCCGUCGUUCUCCUCCAUGAUUUCUCAAUCAAACCUAAUCCCAAAAUCGUUUUCAGAGAAUACCUUAUCAACAUCACCACCGAUCGAUUCUCCCUUGAAUUCAAACCUAAGAAGAAUUCCUUUGCCUUCAUCAAUGCUAUUGAAAUCGUCUCCGCUCCAGAUGCUCUGUUUUCCGAUUCCGCUAACUCUGUUUCUCCGGUGGGAUUUUUCAACGGAUUGUCCAAUAUUGCUUUGCAAAUUUGCCACCGCGUUAAUGUGGGUGGCCCUGAAAUUGUUCCUAAAAACGACACGUUGUCAAGAACAUGGGAAACCGAUGCUGCUUACAACAAAUUUCCACAGGGUUCGAAGAAUGUUUCUGUGGAUUUGGACUCGAUUAAAUACCCUGGAAUUGAAUUGACUCCAUUGAUUGCUCCUAAUUGGGUUUAUGCAACUGCUGAGGACAUGCAAGAUCCUAAAACAAUGCAAGUGAAUUUCAAUAUGAGUUGGAGUUUCAAUGUGGAACAGAGUUACUCGUAUUUGAUUAGACUCCAUUUUUGCGAUAUUGUGAGCAAAGUUUUGAAUAAUUUGUACUUCAAUGUGUACAUUAAUGGGAUGAUGGGUAUUGCUGAUCUUGAUCUCUCUCAACUCACCGGUGAUCUUUCUACUCCCUACUACAGAGACCUCGUUCUUAAUGCCUCCGACAUUAAGAACAACACCAUCAUGAUUCAGGUUGGUCCAUCAAACGUGGAUUCAGGGCUACAAGAUGCAAUCCUAAAUGGAGUGGAAAUCAUGAAGAUGAGUAACGAUGCACAAAGCUUGGACGGCUUAUUUUCAGUGGAUGGAACAUACAUGGGAGGCUCAACGCUUAGCACAAUGAAGAUAAUAGCAGUUGUGGGACUUGGAAUCGGAGCCAUUGCCAUUGUUUUUCUUGGUGUCAUGUUCUUGAGAUGGCACAACAGACCAAAUGGAUGGGAAAAGAGACACAGUUUCUCUUCAUGGCUUCUUCCUUUGAAUAACAAUAAUUCAACUAACACAGCCAGUUUCUUCUCCUCUAAAAGCAGUUCUAGAAGAUCAUCCACCGUCUUUAGCUCUCGCCGAAGCAGAACUGGCUUCUCCGGUAUUUACUCCAACGUUGGUCUCGGCCGUUUCUUCUCCCUCAAUGAGUUACAGGUUGCUACACAAAAUUUCGAAGAGAAAGCAGUGAUCGGCGUCGGUGGAUUCGGCAAAGUCUACGUCGGAGCAUUAGAAGAUGGAACAAAAGUCGCCAUUAAACGUGGAAACCCAAGUUCCGAUCAAGGCAUUAACGAGUUCAGAACCGAGAUUGAAAUGCUCUCUAAACUCCGCCAUCGCCAUCUGGUUUCUCUCAUCGGUUUCUGCGACGAACAGUCCGAGAUGAUUCUGGUUUACGAAUACAUGGCCAAUGGCCCAUUUCGCGACCAUUUGUAUGGCUCUAAUCUCCCUCCUCUGUCCUGGAAACAGAGGCUCGAAAUCUGCAUCGGUGCUGCUCGUGGCCUUCAUUAUCUCCACACUGGUGCGGCUCAGGGCAUUAUCCACCGUGAUGUUAAGACCACUAACAUUCUUCUUGAUGAAAAUUUUGUUGCUAAAGUUGCUGAUUUUGGGCUUUCAAAAGCUGCACCAUCCUUGGAACAGACCCAUGUUAGCACUGCGGUUAAAGGAAGUUUUGGUUAUCUUGAUCCUGAGUACUUUAGACGACAACAACUUACUGAUAAAUCUGAUGUUUACUCAUUUGGGGUUGUUCUUUUUGAGGUUCUAUGUGCAAGACAAGUCAUCAAUCCUACGUUGCCUCGUGAGCAGGUAAAUUUGGCAGAGUGGGCAAUGCAGAAUUACAGAAAAGGAAAACUAGAGAAGAUAAUUGAUCCUAAAAUUAGCAGCUCAAUUGUAGAGGGGUCACUGAAGAAAUUUGUGGAAGCAGCAGAGAAAUGCUUGGCUGAAUAUGGGGUUGAUAGGCCAAGCAUGGGAGAUGUUCUAUGGAACUUAGAAUACGCUUUGCAACUACAAGAGGCAGUAUCAGAGCUCGAGGACCCUGAUGAAGACAAAUGCGAAGGCCUUGUGGCUUUGGACAAACCAAAUGACAAUCAACCAAAAGCAGGAUCUACAAGUGCUUCUGUAAGUGAUGAUACUUCUGAAGUCUCAGUUAGUGCUCCUUUGUUUUCUGAAGUUCAAAGUUUUCAAGGAAGGUGAUGAAUUUUUACCUGGGAUUUGUUAAGUUUUUAACAAACACUCUCUUCGCCUAUACAUUCUUUGAGAAGUUGUUCAAAAUUAGAACCAUGACCCUUAAAAAGUCAGUUCACUGCCAAAUCAAGAAUUUGAAGUUUAUACAGAUUGUUGUGUAGAUUUUUAUCAUUGUCCUUUUUUCUUCAAUCAAGUUUGAAUUCUGGUCCUCUGUGUAUAUGAAUCUUCAGUUGUUUCAGUUUCACAAAGAUUCUUAGAAAGUAAUAUCAGUAUCAUUUUUCAUCCUUGUUUCUUGAACACGUUCUUGCAAGUUCCAAGACAAAGAUAUAUUGCUCCAGAAAAGGUAUAUAUUUCUAUAUAAAAGAUGAUGUAAUGUGAAUUGCCUUUUCUUUUCUUUAUUAUAAACAAUUUGGUGGAUCUCUUGGAUUCAUAUGUAACAAUGGCUCCAUACUACUCUACAAGUUAUUGGAUCUUGCUUAAUGCAUGCCUUAGUAUUGUAAUGACA